UGACUCUUUCUGGGUUCACACUCAAGAUGGUCAACCCUGCAACAGACCCUGUCGUUGUCAACGAUACCACAAAGUUGAUCAAAGACAUUUCAGCGCUUUACUUGAGCGAAAAAUUCUCAGAUAUCACUUUAACUGUUGGCAGUGAAAAAAUCUUUGCUCACAAGGUUAUUCUGGCUGCACGAAGUGAGUACUUUGAAGGGCUCCUCUAUGACGACGGAAAAGAAAUAGAACAGCCCGAACUUGAAAUGUCGUUAGACACUUCCCCCGCCGCCUUCCGAAACGUUCUCAAAUUUCUCUACACAGGUAGCAUCACGAUAACUCCUUCAGACUUGGACCCCACUUUAGAACUCAUCAGUUUAGCUCAUCAGUGCUCCCUCACCGACUUAGAACUUGCUGUAGGAAACAAAAUAAAGUCCAUUCUAAAUCUCAAAAACAUUUGUUCCGUUUUGAACGUUGCGAAUUUGUACGAAUUGACCGAACUUCGUGACGCUUGCCACUCCUUCAUGGACCAACACGCUUCAGAGAUCAUCGACAAUGAUUGUUUCAAGGACUUGAGUGAAAAAUCCUUAAUUAAAUUGUUGGAAAGAGACACGUUUUUUGCUCCCGAAAUUGACAUUUUUAAAAGUGUGGCCCAGUGGUCUCGAAAUAAUAACAACACGUCUGGUUUAGUAGUGAAAUGUGUUCGACUAUCUUGGUUGAGUGUUGUAGAUAUAGUAUCUACAGUGUGGCCUUCGAAACUUGUCGAUUGUGAAGAUUUACUACAAGCUAUCGCCGAAAUUGUGGAUGUUAAACCGAAAGUGUCGAACUGUAGAGCAAAACUAGUGGUGGAUGUAAAUGUUGCCACGGUUGACCACAAAGCUACGGUGAUUACAGGUGAAAAUACUAGUUAUCUGUUAAAUGGAAAUCGAGACGUAAAUAAAUACUCCAAGUGCACUGUUGGCAAUAAAGAUGGAUUUACUAUUAAAUUCGGUUUUCCGGUUUUGAUUAACCAUAUUAAUAUGCGGUUGUGGGAUAACGACUUCAGAUUCUAUCGAUAUUACGUGGAAGUUUCAAAGGACCAAAAGCACUGGGAGAAGGUCAUUAAUUAUGAACUGUGUGCAUGUCGAUCAAUCCAAAAUUUAUAUUUUUUGGACCAUGUGGUCCAGUUUGUCAGAAUCAUUGGGACACACAAUACUGCAAACAAUGAUUUUCAUCUCAUUUAUUUUGAAGCUUAUUUCAAACAAAAUGUUCCCAAAAUUUUAAACGGCGUAGUCCGACCCAUAACUAACGUAGCUACUGCAGACAAAGGCGCUGCUGUUAUUGAGGGGAUAAAUGGUGGAGCUUUACUAGACGGGGUUACAGCCAAUUAUAAUAAUUACACCCGACAUGGAAUAGGUUCGGGAAGUAUCGUAGUUCAGCUAGCCCAACCCUAUAUCCUCUCAAGCAUGAAACUUCUACUAUGGGACCAAGACACUCGAACUUACAAAUACUACGUCGAGACUUCUGUAAAUAAAACCGAAUGGACCAUAGUUGCAGAUCACAGAAACCAAGAAAGUAAAUCCUGGCAAGUUUUACGUUUUUCCGAAAGAGCCGUCGUUUUUAUAAGAAUAACGGGAACCUCCAACACCGCUAAUAAUGAUUUCCAUCUGCUGCACUUCGAAUGUCCUUCUAGUGACGAGGCAAAAACGCAUCAAGACGCACUUAAAUAGUUUGUAAUAAAGAAUAAAACUAACCGUG